UUGUUUUAAGAGUCUACGUCUAUAUCUACAUCUAUUCAGUUACAUUUAGCUGUUAUUCCUACUUCUAAGAGUUUAGGAGAAUAUAAGAUUCUUUGAUUAAUAUUGAAAAAUGUUGAGAAGCCAAAUCACUCAGCUCUUUGGAAGGAGAUUUCUCUCGUUCCAGACCCUACCUACGCCCAACCCAAAUGCAUUGAAGUUCAUAUCUCCAGAAUGCAAUAUCUUGCCCAUGGCUGGAAAAACAUUUGAGUUCACAUCCACUUUGCAAUCAGUGCACUCUCCUUUGGCACUCAGAUUAUUCAAGAUCCCAGGAGUUAGAUCUGUGAUGCUUGGAGAAAACUUUCUCACAGUCAACAAACAAGACCAUAUCAACUGGGCCAACUUGAGGCCGGAAGUCGUGGAGUUGAUGGACGACUUUUUGACCACAAAACAAGAACCUUCCAUAACCAAGGAGCUUGUAGACCAGAGCCAACAAGAAUCUGAAGUUGCCGAGGCCGAAGACUCUGAAAUUGUUUCUAUGAUAAAGGAGUUGAUAGAAACCAGAAUAAGACCAGCUAUCCAGGACGAUGGCGGUGAUAUUGAGUACAAGGCAUUUGAUGAAGAAACGGGAACAGUAUUCUUGAAGUUGCAGGGUGCCUGUAAGUCCUGUUCGUCUAGUGAAGACACCCUUAAGCAUGGUAUUGAGUCCAUGUUAAUGCAUUACAUCGAAGAAGUUAGAGAAGUGGUCCAGAUCUUAGAUCCAGAAGAAGAGAUAGCCUUAAAGGAGUUCGACAAGUUGGAACAACAGUUGCAACAGAAAAGAUUGAGCCAACAGAACGAAGUUCCUCCUCCUUCGUUGUAAGCUCUUCAACUACUAAAUACGGAUAUAUGUGGGUACGGAUAGUUUUUAGAAAAGGUUUUUCUAUCAAUGUAUAACUUAUUUAU